UUGGGGGCUCGCCAUAUUUAGUCACCACUAGGCUUGGCAAAAAGAGAUUUUUACAGGAAAAAGAAUGAAGGAAGUUAUGAAAUUGAGUUUGUUCUCUUUACUAGUUGGUGUUUGUACAGUUACUGCACAAGGCCAUGGCAAAUCAAACCCAUGUAUUGAUGACAAGGCCCAGGUUUCGUGUGGUCAGUGUAUAGCCACCGCAGCCGGCUGUGGCUGGUGUCUGGCAGAGUCAUUUGACAAGGAGAACAGAGCACGAUGUGACCUGUUUGAAAACCUAGCUAAGUCGGGCGGCUGUGAUCCUGACAGCAUCGUCUUCCCAGGGGACAGCACGGUCAACGUGAGGAAUGACAAAGUCCAGGAUGGUGAUCGUCCCGAAGAUGCUGUUCAGAUUCAACCCCAGCAAGUCCGAAUCAAGAUCAGACCAAACAAGCCUGUGACGAUCCCAAUCACGUUCCGUCAAGCGGAGAACUACCCAGUAGACCUCUACUACUUGAUGGAUCUGUCCAACUCCAUGGAGGAUGACAAGGACAAACUUGCUGAGCUGGGAAAUCUCAUUGCUGCGAGCAUGUCUGCAAUAACGAAGAAUUUCCGACUUGGAUUUGGGUCGUUUGUUGACAAAGUGGUCAUGCCAUAUGUUAGCACAGUAGAAAAGAAACUGCGAGUGCCAUGCUACACUAGAACUGGGGCUCCAUGUGAAGCACCAUACAGCUUUAAAAAUCAACUUAGCCUUGACCUUGAUACAUCACUCUUUGCUAAAAAAGUACUGGCAGCCAACGUAUCUGGAAAUCUCGAUGCGCCAGAAGGAGGCUUUGAUGCCAUUAUGCAGGCUGUUGUUUGUGAUUCUGAUAUUGGCUGGCGCAACCAGUCGAGAAGAAUGCUUGUUUUUUCCACGGAUGCUGGAUUUCAUUAUGCCGGUGAUGGAAAGCUUGGUGGCAUUGUGAAACCCAAUGAUGGCCAUUGUCAUAUGAACAACCGUGGUAUAUACACAGAAAGUUCCAACCAGGAUUAUCCGUCAGUGAGCCAGAUUGCGGCCAUGAUCAGUCAGAAGAAGGUGAACGUUAUCUUUGCUGUCACCAAGGAUCAGAAAGUGGUGUACGAGAAACUGUCGAAAUACAUCGAGGGAUCGAUCGCAGGGGAGCUGGCUGAUGACUCGGCUAACAUUGUCGCACUCAUCAGGAACAAUUACAAGAAAAUAACUUCAAAAGUUACCUUGAAUACCCAAAAUGCCGAAAACAUAACUGUCAAGUUUUUAUCAAAGUGCCUUGGAAAUGACUUAAAAGAAACAAAUGAAUGUGAAGGCCUGAAGAUCGGAACUAAUGUAACAUUUACUGCCGAAAUCACUGUGACCGAAUGUCCCAGAGACCGGGUUCUGUGGAACAGACAGCUGGAGAUUUACCCUGUCGGCCUCGCAGAGAAACUCGUAGUCAACCUGGAUCUCAUCUGUGAAUGUAGCUGUGAAAAGAAAGGACAGGAGAUUCCGAACAGCCCUCUGUGUUCUGGCGGAAAUGGCACGUAUGAGUGUGGGAAGUGCACCUGUAACCACGGUCGGUACGGCAAGUUCUGUGAGUGUGACGCCACAGUCGUGUCCAGUGAGGAGUCUGACGCUAAGUGUAUUCGUGCCAACUCGACCGUGCCGUGUUCUGGUAAAGGCCAGUGUGUGUGUGGUAUAUGUGAGUGUUACCAGAGGAGCUCGGACUCUGCGUUCAAAUACAGCGGUCCGUUCUGCGAGUGCGAUGACUACUCGUGUGACUACUACGACCACCAGCUGUGUGGAGGGCCUGAGCGAGGUAUAUGCAAGUGUGGAGAGUGCCAGUGUAAAGCACCAUACAACGGAACAUCAUGUGAAUGUAAACAGGAUAACAGCGACUGCAUUUCGGCUAAUGGUAAAGAAUGUAAUGGCUUUGGUACGUGUAUUUGUGGCAGCUGUGUUUGUGACAAAAACACCCUGUAUCGGGGACCUACCUGUGAUGAAUGCCCUACCUGCCCGGGUAAGUGUGCGGAGAACAAGGAGUGUGUUCAAUGUUCAGCUUUCCAGACAGGACCCCUCACCCGGGAACAGUGCAGCAGAGACUGCCACAACAUUGUCGUCAAGGACGAAGUUAAAGAAUCUGAUGGCGUGAAGAUGUGUCGUUUCAAGGAUGAUGAUGAGUGUCUGUUUUAUUUCACCUACGAGUAUGACGACAACAAUGUCAUCCACAUUGUCGUACAGCAGACAAAAGUUUGUCCCGAGUCUGUCAACAUCCUGGCUAUUGUUGGUGGAGUGGUCGGAGGCAUUGUGGCCGUGGGGUUAGCUCUUCUCCUCAUCUGGAAGAUGCUGACUAUGAUCCAUGACAGACGAGAAUUUGCCAAAUUCGAGAAGGAGAGACAGAAUGCUACAUGGGAAAUGGGAGAGAAUCCAAUAUACAAGCAAGCGACGUCGACAUUCAAGAAUCCAACGUAUGGUGGGCGUCAGUGAUGACAGUUGAGAACAACUCUUCCAACUUGUGCUUUGUGAUCAGUCACAAGCAUCUAAAACAUUGUCUUCCAACACUAACCACAAAGACAAAGGCUCCAUCAUUUCAUCUUCAUACAGCGGUAUCUUCCAACUCUGAACAUGGAACCAGUGGCUUUAAACUAAAUACAAAAUUGUUGAUUAAUGUUUUAAUUUACCUACUUUUUAAACAGACAACUACUGGUUUAGAAUUUUCAUCUUCUAACAAUAAUGAACACCAGAGGUUUUUAUCACUGAUUUUUAAUACAGUCAGAAAUAUUAUUUUACAUCCUAAACAGUUUUAGUUAGGAGGUUUCAGAAAGAAGAUUAAAUGGAAGAGAAACUCGGUUAUAAAUAAGGUACUACAGUGGAUUGUUGUGAAAAGGAAUGACUAACUUAAUUUGUUUUCCUGACAAAGGAGAAAAAUAAAAUGUAUUUCAUGCAUGGGGCCAUUCAACAAAUAUUUAAUGAUUGAGAAAAAGUGGUGUGUGGUCAUUGAAUGUUCUACAUAUGUAUUCAAAAGUGUCAUACAAGCGACUGUCAGUGUGGCACAGACCUGCAAACACCAGAACAUAUCCUACAACAAUGUCCACUACGCAACUCGGAGAGAAGCCACUUGCUGCAUGGAACAGACCUACAUCAGAAGAUCUGGGAAUCCAGGGAGGACCUGCAAACAACUGCCAAAUUCAUCACUCAUAUUGGAAUAUCUGUAUGAGACAGUUUUCACAAAUUUAACGAAGAAGAAAGAAGUAUUCAAAAUAUAUGUUAAUUGUUGAAUGACCCUAUAAGCCAAUCAACGAUAGUGGACUUUGAAUGUGUGCCUGUUUACACAGAUACUGGUAUAGAUGAACAAAUAUCCUGUAUAUGUAUUUGAGGUAUUUUUGGUGCCACAUCAGGGUGUAUUGUCGACAUACAAGUCGAUGUGUUUUGUGAGCAGCAGUAUACAAUGAAACCCCCUCUAAACUGGACACUCAGUGGACCACAUAAAAAGUCAGUUAUUAGUGGUAUUCAGUUUAUAGGGAAUUUUACUGAGGUCUUUGCUAGGAUCAUGUACAACAUGCAGUUUUGAGAGAAGUUUGGUUUACUGAGCUCCUGUUUUGAGUGGUUUCACUGUAUAUGAAUUUUAAAUAAUUAUGAAUUCAUUAAUUUUGAAAAAGUAGGUCAACAAAAGUUAUCUGUUUUACACAAAACUAAGGGUAAACUGCUGAUGCCAAAUUUUAUUUUUUAUUGGUAUUUAAUCCACUAUGCAGCAGAAUAUUUACAUCACUCACCUGUGCAAUAUGACUAGUCCCACAAUUUGUUUUUCUCAGAUAUGUUUUACAAGUUAGACUGAGCUGAGAAACAUGUACUUAAUGGAUUGACCCACCUUAUGUGAAGGUAGAAAGAAGUGAUUUUAUGUUAUCAGUGUAUCUCCAUUUAAUUUUAGAUAUGACAAUCUUGGGCAUUAGUAAGAUCUUUGUAUUAAUCUACAUUUCACCAACAUACACAUAACUUACAUUGUUGUUACAUUUUUCUAUUACAUUGUUUUACAGUAAUAGUGAUUUAUGCAGCAAACCAUUGAAAAGCAUGAUUAGUUAGCUGUUUUUACAAAUGAAUGAUGUAUCUUGAUAUACUCAUAUUUUAUAAUGCACAAAAUACCUUGUUCGUACCAAUUUAGUUUUUUUUUUAAUUUCCAAAAAUAAUGCUAACAUGAGCAAGUAUAGAUUAUUUUGACCGUAGAAAGUUGGUUUCUAAAUUAACAUAAUGAUAAAUAUAAUUAAAAAUAUUAUCAAUACAUUUUAUAAUGUUGAAGGCAUAUAAGCCUAAAUGUUAUGAAUGUUAUAAAUGUAAUGAUAUCCGUAAAUUCAUUUUUUUGUAAUAGUAACAAAAGUAUAGCAGUAUAAUUUAUUUGACAAAUACUUUAUCAUGAUUUAGUUUGUUGAAACCCAAAAGAGAUUGUGAAUAAUAAUGCAUGUGAUGAGUGAAUUUUGGCAAUUUUGCUGCCAAAUUAAUGAGCAGUUUGUAUAUAUUUACAUUACGGACUAUUUGCUUUAUAAUUUUAAACCUUUGUAAAUGGAGUAGUGGACCAGAGAACGUUUUUUUCAGUAAUUUUUUGCCUGAUAACAAGUGCCUUAAUAUUUUACUUACUAAGCUUUAAAGAUUGACUUUUUUCAGCUUUAUAGUUUUAAACUUAAGAUGUUUUUUUAUUUUAACCUAGGGUACAUUGAUAUUACAUGUUUUUAUGUUGGUUUUUUAUUUACCUGCCGUUUAAUUAAUCCUUUAGCCUAUUGUUAACACUGAGCUGUGACCUUUUGUUUUUUUUAAUCACUUUACUUUCAUUAACCAUUCUCAUUCACAAAGUUUAUCAUUUGCAUUAUCUUGGUUAUUGUCACACCGGUCCACGCUGUGACAGAUUUUUCUCCCAUCCCUAGCCAUGCAAGACAGGCGUAUUCCAUGACGUCAGCCCAUGCGGAAUAAAUCGGUCUUGCAUGACCACGUGACUUCUGCUUGAGCUGAUAUUAACAUUGGGUGACGUCAU